AUGAUCCAGGUGUCUCUGUACUCUGACUGCAAGAAGCUGGGACUGGAUGAUGGGGUGGAUCAUGUGAUAAUUUCCCUGAUUGGACCCCACCGCAGUCCCAGUGUGGGGAAGAGAACCCAGGAGUCCCGGCUCCAGUCUCUGCGUGAGACGCCGCACCCCGCGGAGGGAGCUGCUGGCUCCGCUCCGUGCUCCGCCUUCCAGGUUUUCCCUUAUCCCAGCCACGCCCCGGACUCCGGCUCCGGGUUUCCCGCAGGCCCGAGCUCAGCCCAGCUGUUCGCAGCUGUCCGGCCGCCGCUGCCCGGUGUCCUGCGCCAGCCCGCCCCGUCCGCUGUCCCGGGCCCCGCACCCCAGCCCGGCCGCUCCGAGCCCGGCCCCUCCGGCCCCUACCCGAGCCCGGCCAUGUCCGGGGAAGAGGCAGCGGCGCCCCCGGCCCCCGCCGACCAGGCGCCCCCGGCGGAGCAGCAGGCGGCGGGCGGCGGGGACGCGCCCCCGGCGGAGCCCCAGUACCGGGCCCUGGUGCUGUCGGGCUUCGGCGGCUACGAGAAGGUGAAGGUGCAGGUGCGGCGGGGCGAGCCCAGCCCGCGGCCCGGGGAGCUCGCCGUGCGGGUCCGAGCCUGCGGCCUCAACUUCGCCGACCUGCUGGCCCGGCAGGGGCUGUACGAGCGGCUGCCGCCGCCGCCCGUCUCCCCCGGCAUGGAGUGCGCGGGCACCGUGCUGGCGCUGGGCGAGGGGGUCACCGGCCGCCAGGUUGGUGAUAAGGUGAUGGUGCUGGCCAGAGCAGGGCUCUGGCAGGAAGUUGUGACCGUCCCAGCCAAUCAGACUUACCUGAUGCCUGACGGAAUGAGCUUCGAGGAAGCGGCUGCCUUUCUGGUCAACUACAUCACGGCGUACAUGAUCCUCUUUGACUUUGGGAACCUGAGACCCCACCAGAGCGUUCUCAUCCACAUGGCUGCUGGGGGGGUAGGAACGGCCGCCGUUCAGCUCUGCAAGACAGUGGAGAACGUCACCAUCUUUGGCACUGCCUCUGCCUCCAAGCACGAUGCCCUCAGGGAAAGCGGGGUCGCUCACCCAAUUGACUACAGAAGUAUGGAUUACGUGGAGGAAGUCCGGAAAAUCUCCCCAAAAGGAGUCGACAUUGUUUUGGAUCCACUGGGAGGAUCGGACACUACCAAAGCAUUCAACCUCCUGAAGCCAAUGGGCAAACUCAUAACCUAUGGGGUGGCCAACCUGCUCACUGGGCAGAAGAAGAACCUGAUGGCCAUGGCAAAGACAUGGUGGAACCAGUUCAGUAUCAAUGCUCUGCAGCUCCUGCACCUCAACAAGGCCGUGUGCGGCUACCACCUGGGUUACAUGGAUGAAGAGUUUGAGCUCAUUGGGGGUGUUGUGGCCAAGCUGGUUAGCCUGUACAGCCAGGGCAAAAUCAAACCCAAAAUAGACUCCGUAUGGCCCUUUGAGCAGGUGGCAGAUGCCAUGAGGCAGAUGCAAGAGAAGAAGAACGUUGGGAAAGUCAUCCUAGUUCCUGAGCUGCCGAAGGAAGAAUCCAAAAAAGAGGAAAACUAAAGCAAGGAGACCUGUCUGCAGGUUGUGAAUUUGUGGUUUAACCCUUAACCCUUUUGGGACCUGGGAAUGGACGGCUCAGUCCUGCCAUCUUCCCCAUUAAGGGAAUGAUGCAUUUUUAAAGCCAGUUCUAGGACUGUGAGCGUCUUGGGUUGGGAAUCAUAUGCACCUGCCAUAGCCAGCCUCUCCCAGGUGUGACUGUGUAACAUUCAAUGUGAUGCCUCCCACCUUAGCCCUGCUUUUCUCACCACAUUUUAUAUCUCCUUUCCCAAAUUCCAAACCAAGUUCUUUUUCUCUGGCAGCGCCUCUCUGGCCUCCAAGCAGUCCGUGACUAAUGGCUGCGUAGUAUGUUGCUGCAAAGUGUAAAUGCAAAUUGUUAUAGCAACCAUUGACUGUCUCCAUAGAAACUGAGCCCUUUCUGCAGUCUUACGAUGCACGUUCAACAGACGAAUGUGCCAAGCCAGAGAUGCUUGUCAAUGAAAUUGCUGUAGGAAAAUAACAUCAGACUGUGCAUUAUUCUAGUGCUGGUUAUUUCUUUGCCGUUAUUCCUGCUGUCAUGACACUUCCCUUCCUCCUCCCCGCUUUUCCUCACGCCCCCAAGCCUUUAAUGCCAAUCAGCUGGCAAAAGGCCAGUUUUUCUAAGCCCAGCUUAGUAUCUUAGAUGCUGGUCACGCUGUAGCUUUUUAAUUUGCUGUUCCUUCUCUGUGCAUGCUGCAUGUAACCUGAGGAGCAGUUAGGCUGGUGCUAUAUGAAUACUAAAGAGAAAUUUCAGUUCAGCAAUUUGCUCUCGUCCAUUUUCUGCUCCCAAACCGUUAGGGAAAGUCUAAACCAAUUCCGUGGUCAAAGCUGGGUCUGGAGACCGAAAGGACUCAGCUGUGUCUCCAAAAGGACUGACCCAUUUGUGUUGGUUCUAUGUGCUUUGUUAACGUUGGGCUCUGAAUGUCCGUCAGGCUAAACUUCAUUCUCGUGUUUGUUACCAAGGGCUGCAAAUGUGAAAACGUGUCUGCAAGGCUGGGACAAAACAAGCCUCGUGGCUGGCCUUUGCGUCUGGGGUUGUGUGUGCUAGGAAGGGGAUGCUGCAGCUCUAGAAGGGAGCAGGCCCAGUAAAGUCUGGACAGCCAGCAUGUGGUUCUGAGUGAGUCACACACUGUAGAAAUCAAAGGUCUGGGCUCAGACCUGUCGAACCCGCUGGUGUGAGGCUCUUGCCUGGUUAGAUCCUGGCUUCCGUUUUGCAUUUUCCACUCCAGGUUUAAUUAGCUUUUCAGAUUCUCCACUAGUCCCAGGCUGUCCCUAUGGCUAGCUAGCGUCGAAAGGGGGCUUGCAGCUUGUCUGCUCGAAUUGUGAAGUGCCAGUGUUUUCAGGAUACUUCCCAGUGCUGCUGAGAUGCUGGGAACUGCCCAGGGGGCUCCUCUCCCCAGGAAGAAAACUGGGCUUGCCCAUGCCAGGCGUGGUUGUAAAGCUGUGGGUGGGAACCUGACCGGUUCAGUCUGUGAGCAUCUAAACUUGUCCUUGUCUAACGUUCUGACUGGUGCUGCUCCUUCCAGCCGCGCUCGGUCUCCUGCUGCAGUCCCAGGACUUGGAGCUUUGCUGCUAUUUGCACUUGCUCUAGCAGUCCAGGGUUGGUCCCGCUGGGUGGUGGAUGGUGCAGCAGCUCAGGCUUUGCUUGUAUUUGGAUCUGGUAACUGAAGGGACCAAUCCCCCACCCCAUCCCCUUUUUGUAAAGUGCCAUGGCAGAAGCAAAAUGCCGCUCUUAAAUAAGAGCAAACAUGGAUCUGCUGGGCUGUGAACAUUCCCUCCUGCUGGGUCCCUCCCUGCAUUAAAGAGAACCUGGUCCAGCAUCAGCACGAGAAUUUUAUUGUGCAAAGAAAAAAGAACGCGACGGCCUCCGUUAGCUGCCCCCACCCCGCCCCAGGAGACAUAAGUGGUGCUUCACUGUGGCUUGGGCUACACUAGCAACUAACGUUGGUGAAACUACAUCGCUCAGCCGUGCAAUUUUACCAACCUAGCUCCAGUGUAGACAACAUUGUGUCAACGGGAGGGCGUCUCCCAGCGACACGGCCACCGCCUCUCGGGGGGGGAGGGGUUAUGUGGUACGGACGCUGACAGGAGAAGCCUCCUCUUGGCGUAGGCAGCUUCUUCACUGAUGUGCUACAGUGGUGCAGCUGCAUUAUCUCAUCAGUUCCUGCUCUCUAACCCUGUCAGGCUGCAUUAGGCCUGGACUCGGGAGGAUUCACUUCAGAUAUAAAAUGGGGCCCCUGUUUAGGUCUUCAGAAAGCAAACCACGAUUGGGUUCAGACCCUCUUCUGUCUUCGUUCCUUCCAUUUGUGACACGGGGGCUGACUCCGCAGAUGUGAUGCAGCGGAACUCACAAGCACAACUUUUCUCUAACCUUUUCUAAAUACAGACUCUUCCCGCUGGGUUUUUCCCCUCUCAGAACCGCUCCUGCUCAAUGAGUUAGCUUUGAUUUGCCAUUGUUUUAUGCCGUUUCACCACAGGUUUGUAAAAGCAGUUGAGACUCUUGGGUUUUUCCUUUUAUAGCAAACAAGACCUGCUCUUGUCCAAAUCUUGGCUUCACCUUGAGACAGGAGGAGUCUGGCCACACUGCACCGCAGAGCUUCAGGUUCUCUAGAGUCUUUGAAAGGGGGAAAAUGGUUGCCCCUUUCCUUGGCUCUACUCCGCUAACUGAGAGCACCUGGUGCCUUACUCCAGAUGGCCUUAUCCCGGGCACCAUCGCAAGGCUUUUGAAGUCUAGUCCCCUUUUAGCAAAUGGGAGUAUCUUGUAUCUUCCUGUAGGACAGCUCUGACGUAUGCUGCAUUGCAAUGCACCAUAGAAAACAGUAUCUCAGUGCCUUUUCUAGACAGCUUGUAGGACUAGCAAGUCACUGAAGCCUUUGCCAUACUGGCCUCUUACAAUACUGCCAAAAAUCUAGUGUGCUGCAAAAUAGAUAUGGCUUGUGAUACACAAGCGACCUAGCCCUGCUUACCCUCCGCCUCGAUAUACUCCUCGUACACGUGUGUUUUAUGGACUCUCCAGGCUGACCCUUGGAAGCUCCUGCUCCAGAGCCUAAGCAGCAGAGGCAACCGUAAGGCAAUGCCUCGCCCAAGUUGGCUGCAUUUGGAUGUGGCCAAAGGUGAUGUCAGCUUGCCCGUGUAUGUCAGUAUCUCUAGGCCUGUCCUCUUGCAAAGCUUUGCUGGUAGUGGCCUUUCCUGGGGCUAAGGUGAGGACAUUGAGGGUUUGUCACCAUUGCAGAGACUCUCUGGAAUUUCGUUUCUCUUCGUUUGCAAUGUGUAGUUGAUAGUGAAUUUUCUACCUAUAAACUUCUGAUGCCCUUUUCAGUCUGACUUCUGAAUCCUUCCGAGCAGUUAGGUAGUUGUGAGAGAUUAGCACUGACCCUGCACCGCAGUAGCUACGUUUUUUAAGGAAGAUUAAGUGUAACCUUGCGCUUUACUGCCUCAGACUAAUGCUCUGUUCUAGAUUUUAUAGUAGCCUUUAUUUACCCUGGCAUUUUAUGGGCCGGUAAGUAUUAAACCUACUGAUCGUCAGUCUUAAUACAACUGUAUUACCAGUGUCUCAAACAACUUGUUAAACAGCAGGUUGUUCUAGCAAGGACCAAAGCACAAUGGCAUUCCACUCCAGAAGAUGUCUGAUUAGAAGGAAACAUGCUGAACAAGUUGAGGGCACAACUAGUGUCAUCCAGGGAACAGAGUGCGCCAUGUUUCCUCUUAAAUUGUGUAUUGUUCCAAAAUAACUGAAGUGCAGCUUAAUGUUCAUUUUGCUAAUUGAUCAUUUUGACUCAAAUCUUGUGCCAUGGGGGAAAAAUGGCUGAAAGGCAAAAGUUUGUGUUGUGAUGCUAUGAGCACUAGCUAAAGGUUUCUGUGUUCCCUGCACUCUCUCCUGCUGCAGUUUGCAGGGUGUUCUGCCUUUGGUAUGUACAUGUAGAUUGCAAAAUCCAGUGGUACCUGUCUAAGUGUGAUCUGAGCAUCAUUGCUGAUCUGUAACCAAAACUGCCUGUCCAGGAAGGGGCCCUUAAACACAACUGUACAUACUUUGCCAUCCCCAGGCGGCUUCAGAACUAAAAAGCUUGUUUAGUUUAAUCAGAAAUAUAUUAGUUACAAAUGUUUCUUGCACCUGGGAGAUGGGAGUGGAAAGGAGCUUGGCUUGCACAAACAUAAGCCCUAUUGAGAUCUGUAGCUACACCAAGACAGUAUUUGAGAGGUGAGGAAAGGUCCUACAGACACCAGGGAAGGGAGUUUAGCUGCAUGUUUAGUUACAAACCAGCUGUGUGAAGUAGAGUUGAGUGACCAGUGAUGGGCAAAAAGUGUUGUGGGCAUCAGACUUUAACCAGUGCAGGAAUCUGACCCAUCUGCAGCUGCUGUCAGAGGUGUAAAACCACUCCUGUUGCCAAAUGAAGUCUGUGGUGCCCAAAGCACUGGUGAUGGCAAAGGGUGAUGGGCAGGUAGCGUAUGAGCACGGUGUGAGAAUGUGUUACUCUUGGAGCCUCUUACGACACACAGCAGUGUCUGUGCCAUCCAGUUGAUUUGCGGAGAUGUGAUUCGAGUGGCUGUUGUCCUACAGCACGGCGUUUUUAAAAAUAAUUAUAUUCCGCUUUGUGCGUGUAACCAAGUUGAACAGAAAGCGAUUGUGCCAAUGCUGUUUACAUGACUACAACGUGUAAUGCUCUUCUGCCUAACGUUACCGUAUGCCUUAUGUGUUUCAAAUGUUAAUUAAAAGCAUAACAAAACCCUC